UUACCGCCCACCCUGCGUAACCCUGUAUUAAAACUUACAAUGACGCUGCUUCCUGUAAUGAUCAAAGCUGAAUUAUCAUCAUGAUAGUGGUCGUACCGGUUUGCAAAUGAUACCAAGUAUUCGUUACGAAGCCAGACACACAUGAUUUAGUGUUAUACACUAUGCCAGCCAAGAACUCGACGUGUUCCCAUGUGAAUGUGGUGGACAGUGUUACAUGGGAGGAACUGCGGAGAAAACAGCAGGAUUGUGCCACCUGUAUUUCCUGCAAGGUGAACACUAGUAACCUGUGGCUAUGCCUGGUCGGUUCCUGUCAGUAUGUGGGCUGUGGGGAGUCUUACUCUGAUCACAGCUCUACACAUGCUGAGAAAUAUCAGCAUCAUUUGACAAUCAACUUGACAACUUUUAGAAUCUGGUGUUACAGAUGUGAGAGUGAGGUGUUCCCAUCCAGAAAUACCCCUUCCUUCAUAAUCCCAGAAAAUUCUGCCUGUGUACCAAUUAAAAAAGACUGUGAUAUGCUGGAGGAUGGGAUGAGUUCUCUGCCUGGCAGUGGAUCUCGGAGUAACAUCAGCAGGAAAGGUUCAGACAACUCCCCGUACCGCAGUAUCUCAGCAGGCGAAGAAUCCGACUCAGAUGUGGAGGACGAGAAUGCAAAACCAAGAGGUUUAACAGGACUGCAGAAUUUAGGAAACACCUGUUAUUUGAAUGCAGCUACACAAUCUUUAUCAAACUGUCCACCAUUGUCCAGAUUUUUUCUGGACUGCUCGGCAUAUGUCAGACCGGAGAAAUCCCCCAUGUUGUCUAAAGCCUACAUGAAGCUUAUUAAUGAAAUCUGGCACAGAAAGAGGCCUAGUUAUGUAAUUCCAAGUGGAGUUGUCAGCGGCAUCAAGGUAGUUCACCCCAUGUUUAGAGGAUAUUCUCAACAGGAUGCCCAAGAAUUUUUAAGAUGUUUCAUGGAUCAAAUUCAUGAAGAACUGAAACAGCCAAUCACAGCCACCAAUAAUGAAGAAGAUGAGGUGCAUGAAGAAACAGGAAAAAAUCACCACAGGCAGUUGUCAAAGGAUUCCAACAGUAGCAGCCAAUCGGAGGGGUGUUACGAGUCAUGUGACUCUGGACUGAGUAGUGAGAAAAAUUCAGCAGACACUUCAAGGGAUAAUAAUGAAAAACAGAAUCAGUCACCCAACAGUAUCGUUUCUGAUGGAAAAACUUACAUACAGGUAAACAGCAGUGAUCAAGAAUCCGGGGCAGGAGAUACUGCCCUCAAGGAGAGUGAUGCAAGAGGCAACAGACAGUCAAAGCAGGCUUCUAGGGGGAAAGACCUGGGAGAUGGCGGAAAGGGAGACACAGAGAAAGGCUCCAACAGAACACGGAAAUACUCGGAAAACCCCGACUCCAAAAAGUCGCAAUACUCCUCAAAGGCAACAUUAGGAACUAAAGGAAACAGGAAAAACGUGAAAUACAGAAGUGUAAUAUCGGAUAUUUUUGAUGGAAAAAUUCUAAGCUCUGUCCAGUGUUUGACAUGUGAAAGGAUUUCCACAACUAAGGAGACAUUCCAGGAUUUAUCACUACCAAUUCCCAGCAAGGACCACCUCCAUAUGCUCCACGGACACAACACAUCCUCACUCCCAAAGGUGGGGGCGUGUGGAGAGACCAAACAGGGCUGGUUCAGCUGGAUGUUUGGAUGGAUGAGGAACUGGUUUAUUGGGCCCACUAUCACACUGCAGGACUGUCUGGCAGCCUUCUUCUCCGCCGAUGAACUCAAGGGAGAUAACAUGUACAGCUGUGAGAAAUGUAAAAAGUUACGGAAUGGCGUGAAGUUUUCUAAAGUCUUGGAACUGCCGGAGAUUCUGUGCAUCCACCUAAAGCGCUUCAGACACGAGUUCUACUCAUCCAAGAUCAGCUCUUAUGUGUCAUUUCCUCUGGACAGUCUGGACAUGAAGAAAUAUCUACACAGAGAUUGUUCUUCCCAAGUGACGAUGUAUGACCUACAUGCUGUCAUCUGUCAUCACGGGACUGCUGGAGGGGGACAUUACACUGCGUACUGUCUGAAUUACAUCAAUGACCAGUGGUACGAAUUCGAUGACCAGUACGUCACGGAGGUGGACGUAGGACAGGUCAUCAACUGUGAGGCUUAUGUUCUCUUUUACAGGAAGAGAAAUGAUGAUAUGAUACCACUGCGACAGAAAGCCAUGCAGCUGAUAGAGGCAAGAGAGCCAAGUUUGAUGGAAUUUUUUAUCUCCAAGCAAUGGAUCAAUAAGUUUAAUACAUUUGCUGAACCUGGACCGAUAUGUAAUGACGAUUUUCUGUGUCAACAUGGAGGAGUACCCCCACAUAAGAUCAACCAUGUUGAUGAUUUAGUCAUUUCCUUUAACCAGGCUUUAUGGGAAUUCCUCUACCAAAGAUUUGGGGGUGGUCCAGUGUGUAACCAUUUAAUUCCAUGUACAACGUGUCAAGAAGAACUGGAGAAACUACAAUACAGACAGAAAACAGAGAUGGAGCAGUUCAUUCAGUUAAAUGAGAAAUUCCAUGAAGAAGAUGGCCCAUCGGUGAUAUAUGCUAUCAGCAUGGCUUGGUUCAAAGAGUGGGAAAACUUUGUCAGAGGGAAAUCUGACACUCCACCUGGACCGAUAGAAAAUCACAGAAUAUCCUACACUAAAGGCGGACAGACCUAUCUCAGGCAGAGUUCUGACCAUGGACAAUUGUCUGCUGAAACAUGGAGGUUCCUUCAAAAGAUAUAUGGUGGAGGUCCUGAAUUGUUCAUAAAACAGAAUCGAGGAAAUGUUGUGGCACAGUCUUCUCCCGUUACGAACAAAUAUUCAUCAUCAUCAUCGGUAGGAAAGAGUGGAGGAAGCAGGGGAAAUUUACAGGCUGAUGUUGAAAAAGAGGCCGAGUUCCCAACAAAAACGGAGCACUCAACAGAAACCCAGAGAAAAACGGGUCCCUCAGCAAAUACAGAGCCCUCGGUAAAGAUGGAACCACCGACCAAAACAGAAACCCCGACUAAAACAGAAAGUAGAGAGGAAACCAUGAAGAAAAAGACAGAAAAAGAGGAAGAGGAGUCCAGUGAAAAGGACAAAAACCUCUGUGAGCAAAACAAAGAACCUGAACAAAGUAAAGAGUGUGAACCAGUGAACUCUCAGUCAGCUGAGGCAGAAUCAAAGGUCGGGUCAGGGUCAAAGGUCGAAGAUGGACAGCUGAACGAUGAAGCAGCCACAUCGGUUCCUCCAGUACAUGCCAAAUUAGAUUAAUAGGAUUGUCUCACUGUGUAAAAAUUCAAUGAAUCCAUGAUUUUUUCUUGUAGUUGACCACCCCCAAGUCCUUUAAAGACAAAAUGACAAGAGACAUGUUGCUCUUGAAGCAAAACAAUUCAGUAUCAUUAUGGCCAUUCCUCAGGUGUUGUAGCCAUUCAUUUACAGUGUUGUCACGAACAGAAGAUAAAUCAUUAUUUGUCCUUUCUUGUUUGGUGCCAUGUUUUAUUAAGGGCUAUUUUUAUUGUUGAAACUGUGAUUAACUUAUUAUCCAUUACAUGUUUUCUUGAGUGUAGUAAUUUAUACAAAUGCAAUCCAGUUAUACCAGACAUUUUUUCCAAUAAAUGUACAGCUGUA